AUGGAGAAGUUGGUGUUAGCACUGGUGCACACCAUGCGGAAGCUACCCCAUUACUUUGAAGCUCACACUAUUUAUGUAUUGACCAAGUAUCCUCUGUCGUUACUAUUGAAGAGGUUGAAUUUCACGAGAAGGAUAGCUAAGUGGGGAACUCGACUAGGUUCUUUUGAUAUUAGGUAUAGACCAAGAAGCUUGGUGAAGGGUCAGGUCCUAGUUGAUUUUGUUGCAGAGUUUUCCCUGAGGGAGGGAAAUGAGAUGAUUUGCAAUACAGAGAUCCCGUGGAGGGUAUUCGUGGACGGUGCAUCCAGCGCAUCAGGAGCCAAGGCCGGGAUCAUAAUCAUCACCCUGGAUGGAAUAAAGUUGGAACACUCCUUUAGGGUAGGCUUUAAGGCCUCUAACAAUGAAGCCGAGUAUGAGGCUUUGUUGGCCGAGUUAAAAGUUGUAUCAGAACUGGGUGCUAAGGAGGUAGAAGUCUAUUCAGAUUCCCGAUUAGUGGUCAAUCAAGUACAAGAAAGGUUUGAGGCUAAGGACCCCUGGAUGAUGAGGUACUUACGAUUGGUGAAGCAAACCAUGGACUGCUUUCCAAGCGUCAAAAUGGUCCAGGUGGCAAGGGGACAGAACCGGCAUGCCAAGUCUUUGGCCACAUUAGCGUCCUUAUCAACCGAGGGAAUUCUUCGGUUAAUAAAUGUAGAGAUGGUAGCAGAACCAAGUUUCAGUGCAAGAGCAGGUGUCUCACAGCUGGCAACGGUUGGGCCAUGUUGGAUGGAUCCAAUCAUCAAGUUCCUAGCCGAGGAUCAUUUGCUGGAUGAUGAGAAGGAAGCAGAAAAAGUACGUCGAACAGCUGCUCGGUAUUGGUUGUUGGCUAAGCUAUAUCGAAGAUCUUUUGGUGGGCCUUACCUGCAGUGCUUGCACCCCAGUAAAGUUAAGGAACUACUAGCCAAGCUACAUGAUGAGGUGUGCGGCAGUCAUGUAGUGGGUCGCUCGUUAGCUUACCGGGCAAUGACCCAAGGAUUUUGGUGGCCACAAAUGCAGAAGGAUGCUAACGAGUAUGCGCGAAAAUGUGAGCAAUGUCAAAGGCACACCCCUAUGAUCCACCAACCGACAGGGAACUCGAAUCCCAUUAGUAGCCCUUGGCCCUUUACACAGUGGGGGCUAGACAUCGUUGGCCCAUUCUCCCGAGCAACAAGAAAUUGGAGGUUCGUCCUAGUGGCCGUGGAUUACUUCACCAAAUGGGUGGAAGCAGAGGCCUUGGCGAACAUUCGGGAUGUGGAUGUAAAGAAGUUUGUAUGGAGGAAUAUAGUGACGAGAUUUGUGAUACCAGAAUCCCUAGUGUUGGACAACGGGUUGCAGUUUGAUAGCAAAGCUUUUCAUGAGUUUUGUGGCAACCUCGGCAUCACAAAUCAGUAUUCAACCCCGACAUACCUAUAG